UUUAAAAAAUGGAAAAAUGAAUAAACCCCAAAAGAGAACCCUAGAGCCUCGCUGAAACAGCAACAGAGAGUGAGAGAGAUAUUGAAGAAGAAGAAGAAGAAGAAAAAGAAAAAGCAGAAAAUGUCGGUGUCGGAAGAGAACGCCAACAUACGAGACCACCAUCGGAGGGUUCUGGCGGCGAGGUUUGAACUCCAAAGGAAGCUGUACAAGUCCAUGUACAAAGAUGCCAGCCUUCCUGGUGAGCUCCGAGAAGAGAGUCGCUUCAAGCUCUCCAAGUUGCCCAGGAACAGCUCCUUCACGCGCGUCCGCAACCGCUGCAUCUUCACCGGCCGUGGACGCGCCGUUUACGAGGUCUUUCGCAUGUCCCGUAUUGUUUUCCGAGAGCUGGCUUCCAAGGGCAUGUUGAUGGGCGUCAAGAAAGCUUCUUGGUAGAAAGUAGAAACGCUUUGCGCUGAUGACAAUCUCAAGAUGUCAAGUGAGAUUUAUGUUAUAGUUCGGAAAAUAUUUGCUAGGCAGCCUACAAAUUGGGGAUGGAGUUCGCCUUUUGGGGUCUUGUUAUGUUAGUUUUGAAAUAAUUCUUCUGAAUGAUGGAGAAUUGAUCAUUUUUUCCUCACCACAUCAUAGGAUUUGUGUUUGACUUGGUACAAUAUCUAUAUAUAUAUAUAUAUAACUAAUCUUCUAGAAAUAUCUCACUGUUUUUUCUAUAUCUCACGGUUUAUUCUAGAAGACAUGAGGGGUAAUAAAAAUGUAAUCCACGUUGACUGAUUUGUUUGGUUUCACAUUUUAAUGUUUUAAUUUUUUAUUUGUUUAGUUUUU